AUGGCACAGCCCACCGAGUCGCCCAGCGCCGUCAGUGCGAUGCCCAGUAUGGCCACAGAAGACUGGUUCACUACGCUGCGUUUGGAGCUCGAAGUAUCUUCAUCGAGUUUGAAUCCCACUCUUCCUGGUUUGCCAUCCUUCUUUGUGUCAUGUCCAGCGGCUUCUGAAGCGUUCUGCAGUGCAGAUAACGCCGCAUCUAUCGCAGGUUGCUUCGGUGACUUUGGUGGCAUAUCGACCUCCAUGGCGUCAUCUGCGUCUUGCUUGCCCUCCUUCGGUUUGGGUUCAUUCUCUGCCGAAGCGCAGCAUUUGAGGAACUGCUGGAUCCGUAUCACAUCGCCGGAGCCUGCGUAA